AUUCCUCGUGCCUACACCUCUUUCUCUCUCUAACGUAUCAUUUUUAGAGAGCGAAAGUUAUAAACCAGAUCUAAAACCCUAUCUCUAUGGCUCUCUCCGUCGAGAAAACCGCUGCCGGUCGCGAGUACAAGGUUAAGGAUAUGUCCUUGGCUGACUUCGGCCGUCUCGAACUAGAGUUGGCCGAAGUCGAAAUGCCGGGUCUGAUGUCAUGUAGGACCGAGUUCGGGCCCUCUCAACCCUUCAAGGGAGCCCGAAUCACCGGUUCACUCCACAUGACAAUUCAGACCGGGGUCUUGAUUGAGACCCUCACGGCAUUAGGUGCUGAGGUGAGAUGGUGUUCGUGCAACAUCUUCUCAACUCAGGACCACGCAGCUGCCGCGAUAGCUCGCGACAGCUGUGCAGUGUUCGCCUGGAAAGGCGAGACGCUGCAGGAGUACUGGUGGUGCACGGAGCGUGCGCUCGAUUGGGGCCCUGACGGCGGCCCCGAUCUAAUUGUCGAUGAUGGAGGUGAUGCUACUUUGUUGAUUCAUGAGGGUGUUAAAGCCGAAGAGGAGUAUAAGAAGACCGGGGCGGUUCCGGAUCCGGCUAGCACGGACAAUGCUGAGUUUCAGAUCGUUUUGAGUAUUAUUCGGGACGGACUCAAGUCCGACCCGAUGAAGUACCACAAAAUGAAGGAUAGAUUGGUUGGUGUGUCUGAGGAGACUACCACUGGUGUUAAGAGGUUGUAUCAGAUGCAACAGAAUGGAACUCUUUUGUUCCCUGCUAUUAAUGUUAAUGACUCUGUCACCAAGAGCAAGUUUGAUAACUUGUAUGGAUGCCGUCACUCUCUGCCUGAUGGUCUGAUGAGGGCUACUGAUGUUAUGAUUGCUGGCAAGGUUGCACUUAUUGCUGGAUACGGAGAUGUUGGAAAGGGUUGUGCUGCUGCCAUGAAGCAAGCUGGAGCACGUGUGAUUGUUACUGAGAUUGAUCCAAUCUGUGCUCUUCAGGCUACCAUGGAAGGUCUUCAAGUUCUUCCAUUGGAAGAUGUUGUGUCCGAGGUUGAUAUCUUUGUUACCACCACCGGUAACAAGGACAUCAUCAUGGUCAGCGACAUGAGGAAGAUGAAGAACAAUGCCAUUGUUUGCAACAUUGGUCACUUUGACAAUGAAAUUGACAUGCUUGGUCUUGAGACAUACCCUGGUGUUAAGAGGAUCACCAUUAAGCCCCAAACUGACAGGUGGGUGUUCCCUGAUACCGGCAAAGGCAUCAUUAUCCUGGCUGAGGGACGUUUGAUGAACUUGGGUUGUGCAACUGGUCACCCCAGUUUCGUCAUGUCUUGCUCUUUCACUAACCAAGUGAUUGCCCAGCUGGAGUUGUGGAAUGAGAAGAGCUCAGGAAAGUACGAGAAGAAGGUCUAUGUCUUGCCCAAGCACCUCGACGAGAAGGUUGCCGCACUCCAUCUCGGAAAGCUUGGUGCCAAGCUUACAAAGCUCUCCAAGGACCAAGCUGACUACAUCAGUGUUCCAGUUGAGGGUCCAUACAAGCCCGCUCACUACAGGUACUGAGCAAGGAAAUGCCUGUUAGGAUUGUGUAUUAACGGCUCGAUGUUUGAUUCUGAUACUCUGUUUUACUUUGAGAAUAUUAUUAUCAGCUAUAAUUUUUGUGGGUGGUUGUUGGGAAGCUUGGUUUAAACAAGGGAUUGGUCUGUCUUGAAGACCAUGUUAUGUUGGUUUCAAUAAAAUUGUUUUUAGGAAGUGUUGGGAAUGGGAGCAGAUUUGUAGUUGCUGCACUUGUACUGCAUUUGGAUUUUCUGCAUUUAUUAAAAAUGAAAUGAAAAAGAAAAUUAUGUUUUCA